UUUCCAUCACCAGUUCUGCAUCGUAAACCCAUGGAUACCAGGAAAUAUGAGAAGGAUUCUGGAUCACAAUGGUUUUUGUCUUUAACUUCAUUCUCUUAAUAUUGGGAUAUAUUAAUUAAUUAAUUAUUCUCUGCAAGUUCCAUUAUCUAAUCGUGCAUGAACCAUGACACUACCAAAUCUCCGUCUAACGACUAUCAUUGACUUGUUUUGAAGCAUAAUUUUCAUCAAUGGAGAGACAGAGAAGUUUCUCUUUCAAACCCACCAGGCUUUUGGUCUUCUCAUUCACAAUCUUUUCCUCUAUUCUCUUCCUUUCUACCUUCACCAUCUGGCUCACCAAUUCCACUUCUUCUGUUCACCAGCACACUCAUCUUCACUUUAACACUUCUUCUUCUUCUUCUUUUGUCGGUGAAAGGGUUAAUGUGAGUCUUCAACCUUUAACUGUUCAGGCUUUGACUGGUUUAACCAAAAACUUCACUGUAACUGGUGUCGUUCCAACUUUGAUUCAUAACCGUCUUGCUGGGACUGAGAAAAACAUCUCUGGAUCCAAAUCUGAAGUUGUAGGAAACCAUGUUGUUGCUUCAACUGUUAAUUUCACGGUAAUUCAAGACAAUGGAACUUCACCUAAGAAGGGUUUCAGUGAGGAACAGAAGCAGUUAGUAGCAGCUGGUUUUGUUGGGAAAACUAAAGUUCCGACUUUGAAUAAGUUUGAGCAGAAGAGAGUUGAAGGGUGUGAUUUAAUAAAAGGGUAUUGGGUUUUUGACGAAACGUAUCCUCUUUAUUCCAAAGAUUCGUGUCCUUUUAUAGAUGAAGGUUUUGAUUGUGAGGGAAACGGAAGAUUGGAUAGAAACUAUUCAAAGUGGAGAUGGCAGCCCAAAGAUUGUGACAUUCCAAGGUUCAAUGCAACAAAAAUGCUGGAGUUGAUAAGAGGGAAAAGGCUAGUUUUUGUGGGUGAUUCGAUUAAUAGGAACCAAUGGGAAUCGAUGUUGUGCAUGUUAUUGGGUGCUAUUAAAGAUCCAAAGAGAGUGUAUGAGACACAUGGAAGGAAAAUUACCAAGGAGAAGGGAAAUUAUAGUUUCAGGUUUCUGGAUUAUCAAUGUACAGUUGAAUACUAUGUGAGCCAUUUCUUAGUUCAUGAAAGCAAGGCAAGAAUAGGGCAGAAACGAAGACCAACCUUGCGAAUUGAUGCCAUUGAUCAUGGUUCAUCGAGAUGGAGGGGUGCUGAUAUUUUGAUUUUCAACACUGCACAUUGGUGGUCACAUUACAAAACAAAAGCUGGGAUUUAUUACUACCAAGAAGGAAGUCUAGUUCAUCCUCAGUUAAAUGUUUCUACAGCUUUCAGGAAAGCCUUAAUGACUUGGGCUUCAUGGGUGGACAAACGCAUAGAUCCUAGAAAAACCCGAGUUUUCUUUCGAAGUUCAGCACCAUCCCAUUUCAGGGAUGGUAAUUGGAAUUCAGGAGGACAUUGUGCUGAAGCCACUCAUCCUCUAAAUGAAACCUUAAGAACUACUUAUCCUGAGAAAAAUAUAAUCAUAGAAGAGAUAAUAAAGCAAAUGAAAAUUCCCGUGACAUUGUUGAAUAUAACUAGUUUGUCAGAAUAUAGGAUAGAUGGUCACCCAUCGAUUUAUGGGAGAAAAACAAAGUCAUCUAGCAUUCAAGAUUGUAGUCAUUGGUGUCUUCCAGGGGUUCCUGAUGCAUGGAAUGAACUGUUAUAUUUUCAUUUACAAAGUAUAUGAGGUUGACUUGUUCAAACUAGUGUGUGCUCUUCAUGUUUGUUCGACGUGUACAUAUUUGCAUGUAAGCAUAGUACGAUUGCACUGCACCUUAUUCUAAAUGUUAGAGAAGUAAAAACUUCAAAAU